AUGUCUCAAAACGAAGUGACGUUUGUAGAAGAAGAAAAUUUCAAGUCAUUAGUAUGUCGAAGACUGGUUGAAUGUGGUUGGAUGGAUGAGGUGACCAUGUUAUGCAAAGAAAAGUUAAAGGAUCGCUUAUCUAAAGGACAAACAGUUCAAUCUAUUACUGAAGACGAUUUAUUCAAUGAUGUUGCCCCAGAUGCUAGAAGGAUGUUACCAGAUACAAUCAAAAGAGAAUUAAAAGUAAAAGUACAAAAUAAAUUACUACAAACAGCUGGAUAUUUUGAUGAAACGGAUAGUGAAUCUUAA